ACCAGUGUCAUGCCGAACGCGGCUAAAGUGCAAACGCGAAAAUGGGAGCAGUUAAGUGGAUAAUUUUGUGCGGGCUCAGUUUAUCGACAGUGACGUCGUGGCCUCGGGAAAAUCUCGGCGAUGAGGAGGACAUUCCUAUCUGCGUGUGUCCGAGGAUUUACUCGCCGGUUUGCGCAGACAACGGGAAGACGUAUUCGAACCAGUGCGAUUUCGACUGUCACCUGAACCAUCUCAGAGAUAAAGGCGCGCCGGAAAUUAAGGUCGUUAAGGAGGGGAGGUGUCACGACGAACUUUGACGAUAAAUUAGGACGACCGCUUGCGCUUUAAUAUCCACACCAUGUACAUUCAUUUUAUGACUGGCAAUA